AGUGCUCGGCACAUUUCAGCUCUUAUUUACGUGUGUUCUCGGCACGUUACUCCUCUGAAACCAAACAAACUGUUGGGCAUUCCCCGCUUUUCCGUUUGUUGUUGUCGAAGUUGUGAGUCACCGUCAUUGCCUGGUUGAAUCGUCAAAUUUGGUGUUGUCCAUGCGCGUCACUCCGAGACGAUGGAACGUCUUCGACCCUGCGUUCAUGCGCAAGGUGAAGCGCACCAUAAGCGCCUACAAAGGGUCCAUGGAAGGCUCCGCCAAGAAGCCCAUGUCACGGGAGGCUUUUGUGGACAUCGACGAGAAGGGCGCUGCCUGGUAUUUGGGUCAUAUGCAGUCCGCCACCACGCUGCUCGCCGACAAGGUGAAGGACGCCGAUUUUAUUCUAGAGAUCCGCGACGCUCGGUUGCCCUUCACGACGGAAAACCCAAACAUUCGUCGACUCACCGCCGGCAAACCGCGCCUCAUCAUCUUCAACAAGGCGGAGCUGUCCAACGAGGACUGCAACCGCGCGAUUCAGGAGUACUACGAGAACAACGGCACCUUUGCCCUCUUCACAAGUGCGCAGCGGUGCUGGCGGGACGUGGUGGAGUCGGUGCAGCGCUUCACGACACACGUCUUACCCCCGCAGCAGUACAAAACGGUCGCCCACGUCGGCCUCGUGGUGGGCAUGCCGAACGUGGGGAAAUCAACCCUCAUCAACUCGCUGCGGCUGGCGCACGAGUACCAAUUUCAUCGCGAAGAUUUCCGCCGUUCCCGCGCACCGGAGACGGUCUCCAUCACGCCCGGCACGACGCGUGGCAUGAAGCUCGUGCCGCUCUCGAAAGACCCGCCGGUGGUGCUCUACGACACACCCGGUCUGACCCUCCCGGGGUGCUUUACGAAGGAGUCCGGCCUCAAGCUGGCCGCCUGUGGCAUUAUCCCUACCAACGACGUCUCGCUGCCGCCGGGCAUGGUGGCGCGGUACAUCUACGACAUCUUAGCCGCCUCCGGCUCGUCGGAGCACAUGGCCGAGUGCCUGCACCUGCCACGCGUGCCCAUCAGCUUCGACGACUGUGUGGCCAUGAUAUGCGAACGCAGCGGCUCCAGCGGACAAACUGAAAUGGGCAACCUCGACCCUGUGCGAGCGCAGCGCUUCUUCGCGCACGACUUUAUGCUGGGCAGUAUGGGCAAGAUCACGUUGGACGCACUUCCUCGGCGCGUGUUGCGCAGCUCGCAGCCGCCGUGCUCUGCGCCGCAGCUGGAGAGCGGCGACAAUCGGCCUGACAGCGGCGCCACCACAGGCUCCGGUGACGACAUCAGCGAUGACUACGUGUGGACGCAUCACGUCGAAACAACGGACGUGGUGGACCGUUACCCAGAUCACAUGCGUGACGUACUGGAGUCACUGAAAGGUCCGCUGCACAACAGCGGUGCAACCCGACACGUCUCCUCGUUUGCUGGUAAUUCUCAAGACACUGCCUCCACUGUAAUUAGUCGGAAGAAGGGACCGAUUAGUCGUGCAACUGCUUUUGAUGCAGAGCGGAAGGGGCACACGCGAUUGGCACCUGGUCGCUAG